GCCCCCUAUUCGAUGAAACGAUACGAUGUCCCAAAAAUAGACAAAAAAAGGAGAUUGUGACAACAGGUGUGGGAAGAAGCGAAAAAAAAAAGGAUUCAAGAGAAAUGAGACAAGAGAAAUUAAAACCAAAAUGACGGCCAAUCACACGUGCAAAACUUGGUCUAAUAGCCAAAUGCCAUCUGCCCUUGAACAAACAUGCAUCCCCCAGCGCCACGCAACGGCCACCAGCCACACCACCCAAACGGCGACGCCACGUCCAACGGCCACCCGGCCCCCAACAUGGAGCAGCUCUACGUGGUGCCGGACCACGGGCCGUGUCCGCCCAACCGGACGCUGUUCGAGGCGUUUGAGUGGUAUCUCCCCGCGCAGCACAACCACUGGCGCCGGCUGGCCGACCGGAUACCCAGCCUGGCCGCGCUGGGCGUCACCGACCUCUGGAUCCCGCCCGCCUGCAAGGGUGCCUGGUACACGAGCAACGGCUACGACGUCUACGACCUGUACGACCUGGGCGAGUUCGACCAGCGCGGCGCCCGGCAGACCAAGUGGGGAUCCAAGGAGGAGCUGCUGCGGCUCGUCGACGUCGCCAAUCGGCACGGCGUUGGGGUGCUGUUUGAUGCUGUCCUCAAUCACAUGACGGGUGCCGACGAGACGGAGAGGGUCUUGGCUGUUAAUGUUGAUACUAAUGACCGUCGCCAAGAAAUAAGCACGCCACACCAGAUUGAGGCUUGGACCAAAUUCAACUUCCCAGGUCGAGGCGACACGUAUAGUCCGCUCAGGUGGACCGCGGAGCAUUUUACUGGUGUCGACUAUGACCAAGCCUCCAAGACCAAUGGCAUCUGGAAGUUUUUGGGCAAAGAAUGGGCGCCCGACGUUGAUGGAGAAUUCGGCAAUUACGAUUUUCUCAUGUGCACCGACAUCGACCACAGCCACCCCGAGGUCCGGCGCAACUUUUUCCACUGGGUGCAGUGGCUCGCGUCGCAGAUGAGGCUGGGCGGGCUGCGUCUCGACGCCGUCAAGCACAUCUCGGCGUCUUUUAUGCGCGACUUUGUGGGCCUCGUGCAAAACACCGUCGGGCGGGACUGGCUCCUCCUCGGCGAGUACUGGAGCGGGGACGUCAAGGCCCUGCUGGGGUACCUCGAGCAGCUCGACCACCGGAUAUCGCUCGUCGAUGUUCCUCUGGUUGAGAGCUUCUCUCGCAUCUCGCGCGGGGAGCAGCCGGAUCUGAGAAGAGUUUUUGAAAACACCCUGGCGGCCAUAAAACCAAACAAUGCAGUCACUUUUGUUGUGAACCACGAUACACAAACCGGACAAACCCUAGAGACACCAGUAGAACCCUUCUUCAUCCCGAUCGCCUACGCCCUGAUCCUCCUGCGCGCUAACCACGGCACGCCGUGCGUCUUCUGGUGCGACCUGUACGGCACGCUGCUGCCGUCGCGGCCGGGCCCGGCGCCGCUGGGCGGCCUGCUGACGGCGCGGCUGAUGCUGGCCCGCAAGCUCUGGGCGUACGGCACCGAGGCGGCCUACUUUUGCGGCAAGGGCGCCGAGACCUGCGUCGGCUUCACGCGCUUCGGCCACCCCGCGCGCUCCGGCGGGGCCGGGCUGGCCGUCGUGGCCAACACGGGCUUCGAGCGCGCGGCCAGGCGCAUGUGCGUCGGGUCCCGGCAUGCCGGCGAGCGCUGGACCGACCUGCUCCGCCAGGUCUGGGGCGUCGUGGUCGUCGACGCCGCGGGCUACGCGGAGUUUCCCGUCGGUCCCAGGGGGGUCAGCGUUUGGGUCCACGAGAUGGCCGAGGGGAGGGACGUGGUGGAGGGCUUGACGUCCUUGUAAGCUUUUGCGUUUGGGGGAUAUUUACCAUUAGGCGUUUUGAUUUUGCCUUGAGCGUGUUUAAUUAUUCUACUUGGUGACUUGUUAAUCUGUCGGGGCUGUUGGUGAAUAUUCUUUUGUCACCCCAAUUUAAUACGACUUAUUCCUUGUAUCGUUGAUAAUCCGUCAAGGCCGAAAUAAAAUAUUAUGACUCUUUUUAUUUUUAAUCAAUCUCACGUCAG